AUGUUCUCCAAGGCCCUGCUUACCGCGGCCGUCUUUGGCGCCGCCACGGCCCAGCAGCUCCCAGCUAUCGCUAAGCGUGACUUUCUUGAGAGCCGCCAGUUUGACGGCAUCGACCCGGAGUGCCAGUCGGCCUUGAGCAACGCAGUGACCAUCUACUCUUCAGCUCCCACGCCUCCGGCUGACUUGCUCUCUGUGACGCUUCCUGCUGACCCUUGCGUCACCCCCUCGUUCACCGGCAAACUUGGAUCGGAGUGGUCUUCGUACACAUCUGCGGCCAUCGAGUGGUACUACGACCACACCUCCGAGAUCAACCAGAUCGUCACCGCCUGCUCGGACGUCGUUGAGCAGAUCCCUGGCGCCACCGACAUCCCCGUCUGCAGCACUGGUUCGACCGUGGUCGUGGGCGUUGGAUCGACCACGGCUGCUGCGACCUCUACUCCCGCGCAGUCAUCCUCUGCUCAAGUCACUGGCUCGAGUGAAACCUCUCAUAUCACAGGCAGCGCUUCACACAGCUCCUCCGGUGCUGCUUCCACCGGUGUUUCUACUAGCGCGUCUGCUGGCGGCGCUUCCGACGACGCUUCUAGCUCCGUAUCGCCCACUUCUACCGUCAAUGUCCCCAACGCCGCGCCGCGUGAGACUGGCUUCGCUGUCGUUGCUGCCGUGGCCGCUGCUGGCUUCAUGGGCGCCACUUUUGAGACAGACUUCAGCGCGGCGCUCGUCGGUGUGCCGCUAUUCCAGUUAGCUGAGUCAUUCCAAUAUGACAGCCCGCCACGCCGCAAAUGCCCGUCGCAUCGCUUUGCUAAUCCCUGA